AUGAAGACAUACCAAAAACAAUGGCCCCCAGUGCCCAGCGGCUGGAACGACCCUGGCCAAGGUAGCGGUCAGACCAGUCGUAGAGCAGGGGGUGCUAAGAAUCCCUGGGUAAAACAAGGCUGCCAACUUCACAUUGCAACUUAUAACGCUAGGUCAAUUGGAAAUGAGGAAAGGUUAACGGAACUACAGUACGAACUGGACAGAAUAAACUGGGAUAUUCUGGGAAUAUCAGAAACAAGGAGAAGAGGUGAAGAAUCCAUUAGACUAAGAUCAGGACAUAUCCUAUUCUACAAAGGAAGAGAAGAUAAUAGUUUGGGUGGUGUGGGUUUUCUUAUCAACAAACGAAUCUCCCCAAAUCUUCAAAUACUUAAAACCAUAUCAGAUAGAGUAAUAUACAUAACACUUAAGAUUAACUCCAAUAUAACAAUUAAAGUCGUUCAAAUCUAUGCCCCAACAAGUAGUCAUGAGGACGAAGAGAUCGAGGUGCUGUAUGAUGAAAUCACACAGAGCCUAACAGAAAAUAAGACAAGAUACACGCUGAUAAUAGGAGACUUCAACGCAAGAAUAGGAGAGCAGUGUAAUAGCUCACAGUAUGUUGGACAAUUUGGACUGGGGAAACGAAAUGAAAGAGGGACGAUGCUUGCAAAUUUCCUGGAAAAAGAACAACUAUACAUAAUGAAUACGUUUUUCAAAAAAAGACCUCACAAAAAAUGGACCUGGGCCAGCCCGGAUGGAAUUACAAAAAACGAAAUAGACUACAUGCUGACACCAAAUAAACAUAUCGUCCAAGAAGUUGACGUUCUUAAUUCCUUUAAUACGGGCAGCGACCACAGAUUAGUCCGGUGCAGGAUCGUAUUAAACACAAAAUUGGAAAGAGCAAAAAAAUUCAAUAGCACGCAAUACCGUAUAGAUCCUGAUACAAUAAGAGACAACAAGUCAAUAUAUAGCAAAAGAUUGACAGAACGACUAACAAAGGAAACAACAUCAUCACACGAGAGCUUGGACGAAACAAACAAUAGACUGGUAAAAGAACUGAAAGAAACAACUACAAGUUUAGUAUCAUCAAAAACUAAAAGAAUAGAAAAGUUUACAACACAAACCAAACAGCUACUGGAAAGAAGGAGAGAGCUCAUUAAAGACAACAAAAGGAAUACAGUAGAGUAUGCCGAACUAAACAAAACAGCAAGGAAAAUGGCCAAGCAGGACAUACGAAAGUAUCAAGAAAAUCGAAUAGAGGAGUUGAUACAGCAAAACAGAGGUCUGAACAUCUUUAAAAAAGAAAACGCACAUAAAAAAGAAAUGAUCAAAUUGAGAGACGGACAAGGUAACAUAACAGAAGAUCGAAGAGAGAUACUCAAGGUAACAGAGAAGUUCUACACAGGUCUGUACGAGUCCAAAAUAGACAAUGAGUAUGUUAGAAAAGCAAACAGUGACCAUAAAAACAGGAUAUGUAACGUUGGCUCCGAGGAUCUACCUGAGAUUGAAGAGGAAGAAAUUGUAAAAGCUUUAAAUCAACUAAAAAACGGAAAGGCGGCAGGUGACGAUAUAAUAUAUAUAAGAAAGGUGAUCCAAGCAACCUAG